GAGGCGGGACUUCUCAGGUGGCGUCAUCGGGCGCCGCGGCAAGCUGAGGUUUGGAGUUUGGAGUGAACUGGGAGAGCGGGACCAUGGCGGCGGCUGAUGCCCUUUUGGGGUCAUUGGUAACGGGUCUGUACGACGUGCAGGCUUUUAAGUUUGGGAACUUCGUGCUGAAGAGUCGGCUCUCUUCCCCCGUGUACAUCGAUCUGCGGGGUAUCGUGUCUCGACCGAGUAUUCUGAAUCAGGUUGCAGAAAUGUUAUUUCAAACUGCCCAAAAUGCAGAGAUCAAGUUUGACACUGUGUGUGGAGUACCUUAUACAGCUUUACCAUUGGCUGCGGUUGUCUGUUCAACCCACCAAAUUCCAAUGCUUGUCAGAAGGAAGGAGAAAAAGGAUUAUGGUACUAAACAGCUUAUAGAAGGGGUUGUUAAUCCAGGAGACACCUGCUUGAUCAUUGAAGAUGUUGUCAGCAGCGGAUCUAGUGUUUGGGAAACUGCUGAGGUUCUUCAGAAAGAAGGCUUGAAGGUCACCGACGCCGUAGUGCUGGUGGACAGAGAGCAGGGGGGCAAGGACAAUCUGCAGGCCCGUGGGAUUCGUCUCCACUCAGUGUGCACCUUGUCCACAAUACUGCAUAUUCUUGAGCAGCAGAAGAAAAUCAGUGCUGAGAUGGUGGAGAGAGUGAAGAGAUUUAUUCAGGAGAAUGUUCUUGUGGUAGCUAAUCCUAAUGAUUCUCUCCCUUCUGUGAAGAAAGAACCCAAAGAACUAAGUUUUGGUGCACGUGCAGAGCUGCCUGGGACCCACCCAGUUGCAGCGAAGCUGCUCAGGCUUAUGCAAAAGAAGGAGACCAAUCUGUGUCUGUCUGCUGAUGUUUCAGAGUCCAGAGAGCUGCUGCAGCUAGCAGAUGCUUUGGGAUCCAGAAUCUGCUUGCUUAAGAUUCACGUAGAUAUUUUGAAUGAUUUUACUCUGGAUGUGAUGAAGGAGUUAACCACUCUGGCAAAACGCCAUGAGUUUCUAAUUUUUGAAGACCGGAAAUUUGCAGAUAUAGGAAACACAGUAAAAAAGCAGUAUGAAGGUGGGGUCUUUAAAAUAGCUUCCUGGGCAGAUCUUGUAAAUGCUCACGCCGUGCCCGGCUCAGGAGUUGUGAAAGGCCUGGAAGAAGUCGGCCUGCCGCUGCACCGGGCAUGCCUCCUUGUUGCAGAAAUGAGCUCUGCUGGCACCUUGGCUACUGGGAGCUACACUGAGGCAGCAGUGAAAAUGGCUGAAGAACAUUCUAAAUUUGUGAUUGGUUUUAUUUCUGGCUCCCAAGUAAGCAUGAAACCAGAAUUUCUUCACUUGACUCCAGGAGUUCAGUUAGAAGCAGGAGGUCAGGAAGAUUCCCCUGGAGAAGGAAAUGUUCACCUGCACCAGUAUUCUUGCCUGGGAAAUCCCAUGGACAGAGGAGCCUGGAGGACUGCAGUCCAUCCAGUGGCAGAAGAGGUAGAUACAACUUAGCAACUAAAUAAGAAAGUACUUGACAAUUUUUAUUUUAAACCCUAUAUUUGUGCUAAACAUUUUAUGAGUUGGUUGGAUUUGGAUUCCUAGCCCUUACAGUAUCUUUAGACAAAUCACUUCCCUUGUUUCGGUCUCAUUUUCUUGAUCUGUAAAAUGUGAAUAACAACUCUGAACCUCAGAGUUGUUGAGAGGCUUAAAAGAUAAUGUGUGCAAAGCACUUAGCACAAUGUCUUGGCAUAGAGUACUCGGCUUGUUAAUUAGUAAUAUUUAUUGGAAGCUGCCAUAGUUUUUCAAGUAGAUAGUACAGUUAGGAUCUGGGAUUUUUAAAGCAUCUUGGAUUUGAAAGAUAAUGAUAUGCCACUUAUCAGAAGUCUUCUGGAACAGCAGAAUUUAAAAGGAAGGGAAAAAUGGGGUUCAAGAUGGCAACAUAGGCUAAUCCUGAGCCAGCCUUCUCCCAGAUACGCUGAGUCUGUAACUACCUGUGUAACAGUUUCCUCUGGAUAAAACCUAAGAGCUGGCUGAGCACAGUACAGCAAGCAAACGAGAAAAACCAUCUUGAUAUUGGGUCUUCGCCCCUGGUAUGGAGACCCAGAUGCAAAGUGAAGCUCAAAACCCAGAGCUUUUUCUGAGGAGCAAAGGGUUUGAACUCCACAUCAGGCAUCCCAACUUUUUAAAAACUUGAACCUGAGAGAUGAGCCCCAAAAACAUCUAGCUCUGAAACACCAUUGGGCUCAUGUUCACAAGACUCACAAGACUAGUGAUCUGAGACUCACCUGGCUCAGGGCCCAACUCAGAGGCAGCCCAUCCUCAGACUUGAAGUAAAGGCUCAUUGCUAAUGUUUAAGAGUUGAUCUAAGGGGUAGGCAUCUAAUUUAACACAUACGUUGAAGAGCUUGUGGGAAUUUCCUCCAGGGAUGGAGACCAGUGGGCACCAUCUUCACACUUUCCCUUUGCUGAACUGCUGAACAAGGAGCGUUUACAAUGUCCCCUGAUAUUUGCAGCUGCUGCCCAAGGAACACCCCUUGAUUACUGGGCUCUGAAGGUCAGGAGAGCUUAUGUUUGGUCCCAUGAUAAUAAGAGCUGUAGAGACAGUACUUGGCAUCCCCCAACACUGCACAGAUAGCACCCACAAAGAGGGUGUGUGAAAGAGGCCUGUGGGGCAGAUACCUAGUGGCCCCGUGGAAGUCCUCUCAGGGAAAAGAGGCUGUGGACACAAUCAUUGUGCUGUCUCUCUCCACAUUCCAGCUCACUGUUAUCUCCCAAAAAGGAACUUACAUCCCUGAUUGGGACCCUGGUUUUUACAGCUUCCAUUGAGGGAUAUAUUUGCAUAGGCUGUUUCUUGUGACCAGUGAGGGUUACACUUGAGGUUUCACUGAACUAUCAUCAACAGAGAGGGAGUUCUUAAAUAGCCACCACCCCCAGGGCACAGCAGGAGCAGCAGACCCAGGAGCUCAGCCUUUUCAGGAGAGCAUAGUCUGGUGGGCGCCAUCGUUGUGCUCCGCUUGUGCGUCAUUGCCGCUGUUAUCACCUAGUAAAGAACGUAUCUGGGGGCCAGCAGGACGUAAUGCUUGCAGUCCUGCAGGACUAUGUAUUUGCAAACUUCAAAAGAUUUUGCCAGGGGUGGAGACAAAGUGGUCAAGUAGAAGGAGUUAAGCUCACCUCUCAUGAAAACACCAGAAUCACAACUGCUGAACAGCCGUCAACAACAAAGACAUGAACCUACCAAAAAAGAUAUUCUACACCUGACGAUAAAGAAGGAGCCACAAAUAGAUGGUAGGAGGGGGUGCUUAUACCUUAUAAUUAAAUCUCAUACCUGCCAGGUGGGUGACCCACAGAUUGAAAAAGAAUUAUAUUGCAGAGGUUUUCCCAUAGGAGUGAGUUCUGAGCCCCACAUGAGGCUCCCCAGCCUCCUUUUCCUGACGCUAGACAAGGAGCCCCAGAGUACUUGUCUAUGAAUGGAGGUGCAAACUGAUGCAAGAAAUGUAUUCAAGAGCUGGAGGACUUCCCUGGUGGUCCAGUGGUUUCGACUCUGAACUUCCACUGCAGGAGUCAGUGGGCUUGAGUGCAGCAGCUCCAUAGGACUGGGGAAACAGAAACUCCACUCUUGGGGGGCACACACAAGGUUUCACAUGCACUUGGACCCAGAGGAAAGCAAUGUGGAGGGUCCCUGGGAGAAGGUGCAGGUUGGCUGUGGCUCACUGUGGGGGCAAGUUAACUGGUGGCCGAGUUUCCAGGAAGUAUUCAUCAGUGUGAGCUCUCCCAGAGGUCACCAUUUUGGCAAGGCCUGGCCCCAAAAACAGCCUGUAGGCUCCAGUGCUGGGACACCUCAGGCCAAGCAACCUGCAGGGUAGAGACACAGACUCAGCCCUAAGCAAACAGGCUGCCUAAAGUCCUCCUGACUCCACAGCUGCCUGUAAACGUACUUCUCGAGAUAGCCUUGCUCACCAGACAUAAGACCCAGCUCCACCCACCAGUGGUCAGGCACCCAUCCCUCCCACGAGAAAAUCUGCACGACCCCUGGAGCAACCUCACCUACCACAGUAUGGACACCAGAAGCAAGAGCUACAGUCCUGCAGUCUGAAGAAAACAGACCGCAAACACAGAAAAUCAGACAAAAUCAGAUGGCUAAGAAAUACAUUCCAGACGAAGGAACAAAACCUAAGAACAACAACUGAGUGAAGAUAGGCAGUCUACUAGAAAAAGAAUUCAGAGUAAUGGUAUCAAAGUAAAGAUGAUCCAAUACCUCAAAAAGAAUGGAGGCACAAACUGAUACAAGACAUGUUUAUUAAAGAGCUAGGAGACUUCCCUCGUGGUCCAGUGAUUUAGAUUCUGUGCUUCCAGUGCAGGGGUCAUGGGUUCGAUCCCUGGUUGGGGAAUUAAGAUGCAUGGUAUAGCCAAAAAGAAAAAAAAAAAAGAAGCUUUUGAGAACAAACAGAUGAAAAAUACAUAGAAAUCAGUAGCAGAUAAAUGAGGCAGUAGAACAGAUGAACAAACUGAAAAACAAGUUAGUGGAAAUCAUUUCUGUGGAAGAGAAGAAAGAAAAAUGAAAAGAUAUGAGGACAGAGACCUCUGGAACAACAUGAAAUGCACCAACAUUCACAUUAUAGUGGUCCCAGAGGGAGAAAGAGAAAGGACCUUAGAAAACGUUUUAAGAGAGAAUAUCCAAAAACUUUCCCCAAAAGAGAAAGGAGAUACUCAAGUCCAGGAAGCACUGAGUCCCAUACAGGAUAAACCCAAGGAGGAACACACUGAGAGGCAUUAAUCAAACUAAGAGAAAAUAUUAAAAGCAACAAAUAGCAUAAAAGGGAAUCCCCAUAAGGUUAUCAACUGAUUUUUCAGCAGAAGUUCUGCAGGCCAGAAGGGAGUGGUAUGAUACAUUUAAAAUGAUGAAGGAUUAAAAACCUACAACCAAGAAUACUCUACACAGAAAGGCACUUAUUCACAUUAGAGAAAUCAAAAGCUUUACAGUAUUUAGCACCAUCAAAACCGCUUUACAAAAAAUGCUAAAGGAAAAAAAAAAAUGCUAAAGGAACUUCUCUAGAUGGAAAAGAAAAGGCCCCAGGUAGAAACAAGAAUAUUAUGAGUGGGAAAACUCACCAAUAAAGGCAUACAUAAAGAUAGGAAAUCAUCCACAUACAAAUCUGAUAUCAAAACCAGAAAUCAUGAAAAGAGUACAAAUGUAAGAUAUUAGAAAUGCAUUUGAAAUUGAGGCUAACAACUUAAAACAAUUUUGUGUGUGUAUGUGUAGAGAGAGAGAGAGAGCGCGAGCGAGCUAUAUAAAACCUCAUGUUAAUGGCAAACCGAAAAUCUACAGUAGUACACACACAAAAAAAGGAAUCCAAACACAACACUAAAGAUAGUCAUCAAAUCACAAGAGAACAAGAGAAGGUCUAUGAACAAAAACAAAUCCAAAGCAAUUAACAAAAUGGCAGUAUGAACAUACAUAUCAAUAAUUAAAGUGUAAUGGAUUAAAUGCUCCAACCAGAAAACAGACUGCUUGAAUGGAUACAAAAGAAAAUAGAAGUUACCACAGACACCACAGAAAUUCAAAGGCUCAUGAGAGACUACUACAAGCAAUUAUACGCCAAUGAAAUGGACACUCUAGAAGAAAUGGACAAAUUUUUAGAAAGAUACAAGCCCCCAGGACGGAACAAGUAAGAAAUAGAAAAUAUGAAAGACCAAUCACAAGUACUAAAAUUAAAACUGAGUAAAAAAAAACUCCCAACAAAAA